GCAAAGACGCGCCGUGCCUGUGCAGCACCACAGCAUCAUACUCGCCACUCGAAGCCUCUGUAACCUUAUCCACCUUUCCGGCAGUUGAUCGCCGAACGUUGGAUCUGCUGCACUUUCCGGGUCACAGUCGAAGUGAAUUCCUUUGUAUAAGGAUUGCUGCUUAUCUGCAUUCUUUUACUUAUCUGUCCGUCUUACGAUGGCUAACAGCGGACCAACCUACGGGAUGAGCGCGGCAGUGGCGCGAAAGCUGCAAGGGAAGCGCGACACGGACCAGGAGGCGGCGGCGCUGCAGUGGAUCUACGCCAUUCUGGGCGAGCGCCCGCCCAACACGCCCUACGAGGACCUGCUGCGCGACGGACAGGUGCUGUGCAGGUUCGCCAACAAGAUCCAGCCGGGCGUGGUGCCGCGCAUCAACAGCGGGCCGGGCCAGUUCAAGCUGAUGGAGAACAUUGCCGCCUUCCAGCAGGCAUGCAAGGCGCUGGGCGUGCGCGAGAGCGACGUCUUCCAGACUGUGGACUUGUGGGAGCGCCGCAAUCUCAGCCAGGUCACCAACUGUCUCUCGGCGCUGGGCAGCGUGCUGCAGAAGACGCACCCCCAUCUGCCCAUGUUCGGACCACGCAUUUCCGAGGCGGCGCCGCGCGAGUUCACCGAUGAGCAAAUGCGCGCCGGCGACAGUUACAUUAGCCUCCAGUAUGGCACAAACCAGGGAGCCAACCAGAGCGGUCAGAACUUUGGCAACACUCGCCACAUGUAAGAUAGGGCAGAAAGAUCCAUGCAGUUCAACGCCCGCUUCAGUCACCUGCAUUAAGCACGGGCCGGGUGCUUUGCCUGUACACGGCACUACAACUGCCGCCGUUGUGAGCUCCUCUUCCGUCGUGCUCUUUAUCGACUGCUUGCUUUACUGUGCUUUUUCAUAGCCUAUCUACGUGUUUACUUCUUCUGGUUACAGUCUUCUAUUUUCCUGUAUCACAGAGCAUGUUUCGUCUAGAAUUUCUUGUUUGCGACCUGGUUGAUAUUAUUGUGAAGUGUGCGGCCGGUCCCUUUCUGCCGCCGCCGCUUUUCUGUAAGCACUACAUCCAGUUGCGUCAUUAUACUCAGUUUGUGCAGCUACAUAUCUACGCCAACGGCAGCUGCAUUCGUGGAUCUGUUGGUUUUUUAUGUGUCUAAUUACUUGUUGCAUUUAGUAUCGGGAUUCGCAUAUAAAAUCACAAACUGCA